AUGAGGAUAUCCAACAACGAAAGGGAUGAGAGUCCGGGCACAGACGGCAACGUCUCCCCAGAGCCACCUGACAGGCCACCCGGGAAGGUUCGUCAAGUCCACCCCGAAGACAAAACGCAGGUCCUAGCCUACGACUCCACAUAUCGGAAGAAGAACAAACCAAAAUCCCUGCCACUAGAAGUGCAUUACAACCAUUUAGCAAAUACAAACGUUGCUUUGUCGCCCGUGUACCCGUUAACGCCAAACAUCUGUGUUGAAGGCGGGAAGAUUGAGUUCAUCAAGUCGCCGCCAGAUAGCGCGCGGAACAGCGUGGCGCUAGCAUCGCCGCCUCAAACGCCUCUGGUGGCGAGGCGCGGAUCUAGGGAUAAGCGCGAAGUUCGUGUGUACGACGAACCGACGGAGAAGUUCGACGGUGAUAAGGAACAAAGUUUGCCCCAAAACUGA